CACCGGUGGCAACCUGUCCCCUAACUCCCUUUGCUCAUCAAAAGACAGAGCUUGAGCUCUCUCCUCAUGGCCACCACCACUAGCACUGUGCCGUGGUAGUGGCAGCAGUAGGAGGUCACUGCACUAGCCCACAUGCCGCUGCAGUAGCUAGUCGUCGUAGCAGCAGCAGUAUACUACUAGUAGUAGCCUUCUUGGCCUUCUUCUUCUUCUUCUUGCACAGAUCUUGGGGGCGCAAUCAGCCAGUUGCAGGCUUGCAGCAGACGAACCUCGGAGAGAGAGGCCUGCGUUCUUGCGAAAGAGGAGCUAGAGCUUCAGGAUAAAGCAGACACCAAUUCCUCAAGGAAACAAGUUCUUAAAUUGACACCUCCUUCAUAAACUAUUUUAUAAAGAUUCAAAGAUAAUAGAAUAGAGAAAAUGCAUCAAGACAGUUUCAGGUCGGUGGUUUGCAGAUCCCUUUCAAAGAGUCUUUCCUCCAAAACCAAAGAGAGCAGCUACCCUGAAAUAGCUCAAUGUGCUGUCCCUUGUGUUGUCACAUUGCAACCUACGGUUUGUCGAGGCUGCCAAGGCCGGGAUUGGAGCCCAUCACAAAGCAACAGGGAGGAUAUGUCCAUGAUGUUGCAGAAAGAUUACCUGAUGGCAUCCUCGCUCUCGAGGCGCUUCGCGGAGGACCUCCUAAGAGGAGCCAUGGACCUCCAGGAUUCGCUCACGAUGCUCGAGAAGUUCCAAACUGCGUCGCGGAGCAUGAGAGUGUCAAACAAGAAGAGAAGGCCAGAGGGUUGUGAGAGAUCACCGGACACAAGUGGAUUCCGUGGAGCCCUGUCGGAAGCGUCAAACGCCAAGAAGAUGGUGGGUAGAAGCGCCAGCAGUGGAUUGGAUGGGGAAUUAACGAAUUCUACUGAUGAGCUGAAAAGAGUGAUCAAGGAUAGCUUUUACAGGAAGAACAUCUUGUCGGUAUAUCCCAAUGAUGAACAGGCUUCCAUGAGCCAGUCAUUACAUUACAUGCCAAACAAGAAUUCGUUAUCCAAGCCUAAUGAGCAGAAGAAGGCAGCACCAAGAUCAUUGCCAUCUUGUGCACCAGGGCAGUCUGAGAAGUCCAAAUCCCCAAGCUUGGUAGCAAAGCUCAUGGGCCUUGAUGGAUUGCCUACACACAAUAGCAAUACCUUCAAAAAAGACGAGUCAAUGAAGACAGUAAGUUCACCAAGGGCACUUUUUGAUAUUGAGAUGCCUAAGGUCCAGCAAAAUGAUGCUCAUAUGAGUUCUCCUUAUUCCCGAAAAAGUAAUGUUUCUCUGUAUGAUUCUACUGUGGUUAAUGAGAUUGGCUCAAUGAAAACAAUUAGGAGGGAAAAAGGCAUAGAGCAACCUCAAACCCGAGCAGCCAAGGAUAUCAAGGUUGUAUCUCACACAAGUCGAAAGCAACAAAUAAAAGAGACCACUGAAAUGGGCAGGAGAAGUAGUGACAAACAAAGACCUCAUUCGACUUAUAGGAACAGAGAAGGGAGGAAGGAUACCAAGUCUAAAACAGGAUCAGCAUCUCGGUCUAGUGCUAAUACAGUGAAAAGGCCUGAUAAGAAAUCAAUGAUUGCAUCAAGUAGCAGCUCUUCAACAUGUCGCACAAGGAAGCCGGUCGCACGUAAAGCACCUAGUAAUUCGAGGGAGAAGGCAGUGUCCAGUAGAAGUCGCAAGAACUCAACUAUUGAUGACAUUGUGGCAUAUGAGCUGCACAGAGAGUUCAUACAAGUUGAUGGUCCAUCCACUGAACAUAGCGCAACACCUAGUGAUGAAAGCUGCCAAAGUGUUGUUGAUUGGGACACAGAGCCUAGCAUUGAUGGCAUUCGGGAAGAUUUGAGUGAAUCCUAUGAAGCUUCAGUGACUACCAGCUCUGCGGAAAGAACCGAUUCAGCUAACGGAGAUCCUUUUCACCCAUCGACACACUUAGUAUCAAAAAAUGAAGUUGAAAUAAAAGACGAGAUGAGUCUGCUUCUCCUAAGUGAUCAACCAUUCCUUACCCGGGCAGCAGAACUCAUUGGCAUCGGCGAACCGGGGCAUCUGAUCAACCGAUAUAAAGGUAUCCGCAAGGCCCAGAUGGGUAACCAUGAGCUUUUCGUGGACACCGCAACAGAGCAGCUGGAGCGGAAGCAUCGUCAGCGAAACAGCUUGUGUUACACAGGAAUUUGGAGCCAGAAAUGCAGAACAGCACCAUACUUCUCACUGGAGGCAUUGCUGACAGAUAUUCGCGAUGCGACUCGAAAGCUGAGCAUCUAUACCGAAGACGACGAUGGCUGCACUACAAAAGACACACUAUACAUGAAACUGGAGAAGGAUCUGAGAUGCACAGAUGCGUCGAUCAACAGCGUGUGGGAUAUGGGCUGGGAAGAUUGGAUUUUCAUGGAGGAAACACAAUGCUUCAUAAGAGAUGUUGGGGAGAGCAUUUUAUCAGGGCUUAUCGAAGAAGCUGCUCUGGACAUGUGGGUACAUUGAUCUGGGAAAAUGAAGCCUAGGUGGUUCUUGCGUUCUUGGAGAAUUUCUAGCUUUGUUCUCCACUUGGCUGGCACUUCUCAUGAUUUCCAGUUUCCAGUUUGUAUCUAUCUUGUGUUACAUUUCACCUGUGUAAAAAAUGAAAAAUGUGCAAUGAUUUAGAGAGUUGCCUAAAGAAGUGAUGGAGUUGUCUUCACCAAGAAACAAUUGUAAUUUGUGCACAAGGUAUGAAGGCAUGAUGAAUAGACAAAGAGCAAUGUUUCGUUUCA